ACCAGAGCCUGGAGGUAAACAAACAAAAGCCAGAUGAGGGACCCUCUCCUAUCUCUGACAGAGCUGCCUUGGUACAUACAUAGAGUAUGGGGACCCUCACGGGGAACUCCCUUUCCUGCCUCCAGGAAGCUCACAGCAAGUGGGAGGCCAGGGUUUGUAAAGAACGGAGUAACUGACGGUCGAGAGACUUAAGGCCCAGUCUCUAGGGCCCAGCCUUGGGGGUGUGGCACAGCUCUGCAAGCCAGGUGGGCUGGUACAGAGAUGGCCUCCCUUCCCUAACCCACUUCUCCCUGCUGGGGCUCAUUAGCACUUGAAUGGGGGGCUGGUCCGCUUGGGCUUCCAAGUCUCUUCCCACCCCUCCCCCAGGCUGGGCAAGGCUUUGUCUGCCCAGACUGGCCUGGAUGAGCUCCCACGCCAGGGAGAGAGUGGGGCGCGGGGGGGGGGGUGUUCCCGAGCCAUUUCUAACCUCCUCUGUCUGCCUCCUAGCCCUGCCCAUCACUCCAGUGCUGGUAUUGCAAAUAAAAAAAAGCUAUACACAGUCCUGGGCAGGCACAGGAAUCAGCAGAGACUAAGGGGUAUUCCUGAGCUGGUGAAUCAGAACAUCUCAGCCAGGGUCAUCCCUGGUGGGUGGAGGGGGAGGUUGGGGCUUUGAACAGAGUCUAACAGGUGGUCAGUACUGGAAUUGAACUGUUGCUGUGGCUGAAGGGUGGUAGUCCAGCCAGCCGAGGGACACAGGCUUCUACACAGGCCCUCAGGCAGCAUCAAGCCACCUACUGUUGUCAAGUCAGCCUGAGCUGCCAGGGCUUGGUCAGGGCUCCUUUUGAGUCUGCAAUAUGGCAGGGCUGGCCCUGGGAUCUGAAAAGUAAGGUGAUUAUUUAUUUAUUUGUUCACCAAGCGACAGCCGGGGAUAGGGCCGUGGCUGCCAUGAUCUGUAGCAGCGAGGUCUCAAGGCCUCUUUAGCAGUUGGAUAGAGGAUCGGGCACUCGGACCGCUUGCGAAACACACUGAUCCCGUAGAUCCUGCCCUCGAGCUUCUGCCCUCACUGAGUCUCUCAGACUGUUUCUAAAAGUUCCUGGUUCACUUGGCAGGAAACAACUUUGUUUACCCAAGUAGCUACCGAGGGACCAGGGCACCCAUCACUGCUACUAGCAGAGGUUGACAGGUGACUUGGAGUGCUGCUGCCUGUUCGCUCACCUUCCUGCUGAGACAGGAGGAGGAGUGGGCCCCAGGGAUGGGGUACAGGCCUGCAGCAGUCUCAGCCCUGAGGGUUCCAUCUGGGAUUUGGUAAGAGAGGCAGGAGUCAGUGGGCUCUUGUCAGGCCACACCUACCUAAAAAUGUUCUUCAGGGGUGCUUUGGUGUGAGCAAAGGAUUGGACCCUUUAGAGCGCCCGGUACCGAUGCUCUCAGGAAGCCCCUGCCUCAGCUACAGCUACAGGUGCAGGGUGGGGCCUCCACUGUCUGGCCACACCCUGUCUUUUGCCUAAAGCUCUUGUUCUUACUAAACCCAACCCCGCCCUCACCUUGUUGCCGCUUCAGGGGCCUGAUGCUUGGUGGUUUGGGAAGGGCUAAGCAGUGACUGCUGGUCUACCUUUCAGGGUUGGCUCUCAGAAUUUGCAUACAAGGCCCUGACGGGUACCGGUUUGAGGUUUCUUUGAGCCUUGGAGGAUGUGCUCCCAAUCCAACUGCUUCAGAGUGUGCCUACCGUGCCUAGGCAGGAGUGGGAACAAUCAUGUAGUUGGGCCUCUUAGGGAAAUGGUGUCCACAUCAGAGAAUAAGGAGGAAGCAGCUGGGGGAGGAGGAGCCCGAAAGGGGAAGAGGCUAGAGGGUGCUAGUGCAGAAGGUGGAUCCUGAGUCACCCAGGUCUCUGCCAGCCAGAAGGUCUAGAAGGUUCACACCUGCCCAGGCUCACUUGUGAGCUUCUGCCGGCCUCCACACUCCAUCACUGAGUUAGGGCCAGUCCAGGGGGUGGCUUCGGCCUUGUCCUGUCCUGCCUUAGCAACUGCUGGGGCCAGGAUGUCAGAGGCGGUGCUUCUGAGGAUUCUAGGCCCCUCCUUUAGCCACAGGAAGUGGUGGCUGGGAGAGGGACACCAGUGGGAGGUCCAGCAGGAAGGCCAAAAGCUGCUCUUAGAUUCCUGAGCGGCCAUUGCCCCCCAAGCAGGAAGGCCAGCCACAGGCAGAGAUGAAUGCCUGGAAGCGGCACAGCAGCCUGUAUUAGCUCACUCUGGGUUUCCCCUGCCUGGGGGUUGGUGAGGGGCCUUCAGCCCAUCACGACUUCUGAACCCGAAUGGAUACCGUCAGUGCACCUCAGUUUCCCUUCUCAUAACACAGAUGCCUCUGAUUGAACCUUGGCUCUUUAAUCUUGUGAGGCUGGAAUAGGCCUUCUCCACCAGUGGAGAGACAGGGCAUAGAAGCAGAGGUGCUAGCCUAGGAUGGUGCAGUCACUGUACCUGUCCCACCACUGUGCCCUUGCCGUCUGUGCCCUGCUGCCAGGAUUGGUGUUAGGAUGACAGGCCGAUGCUGGUGCACCUGUUCUAGAUGGAUGCACGGAUGCUCUGUGGGUGCUUGGGGUUCUAGCCUAGAGGUGGAGGAGUCUUAUUUGUAUGUUUGUUUUCUUAUUUUGCUUUUUCAAGACAUGGUUUCUUGGUGUAUAGCAAAUUCUCGGACCUCACUCUGUAGACCAGGCUGGAGUUCCGCCUGCCUCUGCCUCCCGAGGCUAGGAUUAAAAGUGCACAACACCGGGGAUUGGGGAUUUAGCUCAGUGGUAGAGCGCUUGCCUAUCGAGCGCAAGGCCCUGGGUUCGGUCCCCAGCUCCGGAAAAAAAAAAAGAAGAAGAAAAAAAAAAGUGCGCAACACCUCCUGGCACCUUGAGGAGUCUUAAAUCCUUUUAUGCCCUCAAGGGUGAGACCCAUGAUUCUGUCUUAGCCUGUCUACUGUUCUGACAGAAGCCUGCCUGCUGCUGUGACUUCUUUCCACAGCUGGCUACUCCGGAAUCACUCCCCACCUUCCUCUCAGCCCACCUUCCUUAUAACAUCCGUGUCACAGUCACUAACUUAGCAUUGUGUCUUCCCUGUUGUGCCUCUUCCUCCUGUAACCUCCAAUCUGAGGAAAACAGACCGACCAGAGAAAUGCUGGGAGGCGCCGAAGUUUCUCGCUGGUGGCCUCAGUUGGGGAUUGGCCAGACAGGUGGAAAGGCAGACUGUCUACAAGGCUUGUGGUGACUGUUAGCUCAGUGGUGGCCUCAGUGUUUAUGGUACUUACUGUGUGCUGGCUGCUGUGUGGGCUGAGAGCAAUGGCACCGGAUGCUCGUGCUUCUUGACCCCCAGAUCUCGUGUCUGUGGGGCUUCUCCUUCCCGUGGGAGGUUCCAGAGGAUUCCGCUGUGUUGUCAGAACGGGCCCUCUUGGUGAGGUGGCCGUGCAGUGUUCCUCCUUAUCACCCAGGCCUGGGUACAGAAGGACCCAAUCCUUUGUGUGUGUGUUCUCAGGCUGUCCCUGCCUUUGUGCUCAGUACUGGGGCCUAUGUGGACACAGACAACUGCUGGCUCCAGCUGGGCCCUCAGGCAGUUUGAAGUUCCUGAAAACCAUAGGAAAGCUGCUCUGGGCAGGCUUUGGACUUGGCACAUUCCCACGAGGGGUGCAUUUCACAGAUGGGAACACUGAGGCCUGGGCUACAGGCACCUCACUUCCGUCUGCCACAGUAAUUCAGGACAGGCAGCCAUUGUUCAGUCUCUUGAAAAAAAAAAUAUCUAAAGGAGUCUUUUCAAAAUGCUGUUAGGAAGAGAGGUGUACCAGUGACCUGUCCAGGCGCUUCACGGGUGGUCAGACCUACAACCUAAGGAGGCAUGGCAUGGCUGACUUGUUGGGGCAUCUGGUGGAAGGUUGGGCCACAGCCUUGGGUGGAAGUGUUAUAGGAUCCUUCCAAAACCCGUGUCAUCCUCCUUUGCCCCAGUGUGAGACUGUGUUGAGCUCCUUGGGGGCUUAAGGGGGUCAGGGAAGUACACCUGGAGGAAGGAAGAGAGGCCUGGGGUGGAGCCGACAGGCCUUUGUCUGGCUGGGCCCUCUCCCCCUCCUUUCUUCCCUCCUGUUUCCAUUGUUCCUGUGUGUUCCUCCGACUCUGAAGCUGGCUGGGGGCUUCCCAGGGAGGAGGUUGUGGCUGAGGGUCUGGGCACCUCCCCCAGCCACCCCCAGCAGGGAAGGCAGCUUUGCUGAAACAAAACAUUCCCCAUGCUGCCCAGCCUCCAUCUCCUCUUUGUCUCUGGCUGCUCGGCUCCCCCUGGUGGUAGCUGAGCCUGAGACCCUCGGCUAUGGGGCAAGGAGGUGACAGACUGGAUCCAGAGUGGCAGAGAUCACACAGCAGUGAGGCCACAGCACCUCUCUAGUGGCUGGGCUACCUGUGGGGUGGGCAUACCAGGGCUCAAACCCAUCUCCACUGUGCCCCACCGGGUUGGUGGCAGCGUGGGUGUGCCUGGUGCUGUGGCUUUGAGCUGGGCUGCUGCCCAAGCCUACCCUGUGGUCCCAGCUGCUCCUGAGAAUCUCUGCCCUCGGGCUGCCACGUCAGCUGCCUAUUCUCCUUAGCCCAGGAAUGCCAAGGGAGCCCACCAGCCCAGGAGCUGCCUCCAGGGAGGCCGUCUCCCAGCCUUCUGAGGGUGUGGAGUCAGCGGACGGCACCGCAUCAGCUGGGGGACCUCUCUCUCUCUCUCUCUCUCUCUCUCUCUCUCUCUCUCUCUCUCUCUCUCUCUCUGUGUGUGUGUGUGUGUGUGUAGGCUCAGAGCACAGUGCCAGUGACAGGAGAGAGCUCUGACCUCUGACCCAUGCCCCCGGGUGGCACUAUGGCUCCCCAGGGUGCCCUCCCCACCCUGUAUUCGCCUGUUACCCCUGCUCCUUCUGAGUCUUCAGAAGCUGUACUUGAAAUGAGUUAUUGUGGCACUCCACUCUGUGCCGUGCCAUUACAGUGACCAGAGCAGCUGGCCGUUCUGCAUGCUGUAAGUAGUGAUGUUUGGGGGAAAUCUGUAUUCUUCCCCAACUAGGAAAACAGUGGCGACUGACUUCCUUCUGGUAAGGUCUCACAUGUAGCCAAGGCUUUCCUUGCCUUCAACAUCCCCUGCCUCAGCCUCUGGGUGUUGGGAUUGUAGGCACGUGCCACCAUGCCCAGACACUACCUUCUUAAAAAGUUUUUUUAUUUCAUUUUUUUUUUUCGGAGCUGGGGACCGAACCCAGGGCCUUGCGCUUGCUAGGCAAGCGCUCUACCACUGAGCUAAAUCCCCAACCCCACAAUGUCUUUUUUAAUUAUUUUAAGUGUAUGCGUGUUUGCCUGCAUGCAUGUCUGUGUAGUACAUGCUUGCCUGAUACCUCAGAGGCCAGAAGAGGGCAUCAGAUCUGCAGUUGUGGUUACAGAUGGUUGUGAACUGCCCUGUGAAUGCAGGGAGAGAGUCAACCCAGGAUCCUCUGGAAGAGCAGCCAGUGCUCUUAACUGCUGAGCCAAGUCCAGCCGCAGUUACAACUUUUAUCUGCGUCCUAGCCUUGAGUGAGGCACAUGGAGAAGGGCUUUGACUUCAGUUCUCACUCCUUUCCUGUUAGAAGGUAACAUCGUUGUUUUACUUCACAAGUGAUCUGAAAGGGUUGAAGCUAAUGGAAAUCUCAGAAAAGAUCAGUUGGGCAGCAGAGUUGGACUAGACCCAUCUAGAUUCCCCUCCCCCCUGAUCCUGGGGAGGGAGAAGAUCCAAAAGUAAAAAGGAGGCCGGCUGGCAACUUGAAGAAACUGAGGCCUGAAAGGACAAGAGCAGGCCCCAGCUUCCCUGCAGAUCAGACCUAAGCAUCAGGUAGGAGGUGGAGGGUCCAAGAAGGGCACACAGUAGAGCCCUACAUGCUGCGGCCUAGAUGAACACCAAGUGUUUGAUCGUAAUAGGCCCAGUCUGUGGUGAGGUCUUGCCAGGGAGUGAGGUAGAACGGUCUUCCCCUCAGUCUGUUCUCUCCCUGGGAGCUCCGUGCUGCAUGUAGAAGCAGAUGUUCUGUGCCAAGGAGCCUCUGAGAUCACUGCCCUCCUGCAGUGUGCCCAGCAGCUGUACUCAGGGCCAAAGCUACAGAGGUGUUUUCUUUGGUGGGAAGAGAUGUAACCUAGUGGGAAUGUCAGGGCCACCCCCAGGGACCCUCUGUCGAUCCCCACUGGCCUCAUCCAGCUGGGGAUGGAGCAGCUGGUGGGGACAAGAGAGGCUGACUCCUGCUUCUCUCUGUUUGGCUGGCUUCCCUGCUAGCACCUCUGUCUGCAGAAGUUCUCCCUGAGGUAAGCAUGGGGCUAUCAGGGAAGGAACCUGGGUGAGUACAAGCACUCUCCAGGCCAGUCGGAGCAAUGUGCCAUGAUGGAGAAAAGACCAUGGGGUUGGGGGGGUGGAUCAGAAUGAUGUGGCCCCAGGGCUCCUGAAACACCAAGUCUGGCCUACCUGAGAGCCAAGGUCUUCACCAUCUUUCACUGCCCAUCCCACUUCUACUUCCCCAGCUCUGUCUGAUGUAUCUCUACUUCCUGCUUGGUUGCCAACCACACCCUUGUCCUGCCUCUCACUACUUCCUGCUUGAGUCACAGCUGCUGCCGCAGUGACAAAAGGACCUCCUUAGGUCCCAGGGAAACCCCAUAACCUUGUUUUGUUCACCUGUCCAAUGGGGCUAUUUGCAGUGACCCCUGCUAGGUAGAGAGAAUACUACCUAACUCAGAGUUUGAGAGGCCUGAGAAAGGGAAACUGAGGCAUUAGGGAAGUGUGGAAGCAGGCCUUCAGCUGACUCAGGCAAGAAAUAUAUGAACCUGGUUCCUGGCUUGGCUUGCUCAGGUGUGAUCCUCUUCGUGUCUGCCACUUUGCUAGGGAAAUCAAAUGCAAAGCAAGUUUGUGCCAUCAUCCUGGGCACUGGGCAGGGUCACAGGAGCCCACAGUACCUCUGAAGAGAGCGGUCAAAGGAUUUGAUGCCCUCUUUACCCACAAUGACCAGUAGAGAAACCAGUGUUUCCCAUAGUCAGGAAUUCCAAAGUCAUGUAAAAGGACAACCUUCAUCUAAGGUUUCCUGUGCCCUGGACGUCUACUGCCUCUACCCUUCCCACCUGUCCUUGAGUCUGGUAAGUGGGAUUUGUCUGGCUAACCCAAGUUUCAUAUCUUUAGCCUCUAUUCUCUGAAUCAGGCCUUGGUCCUGGCCAAGCCUGGUUCUCCCUCGGCUCCAAGAUGAAUCCCCUUCCUUCUGCCCUGUGGAAUCAAGUAGGAAGGCUAGCUAGAGCCACUGUGCCCAUUCUUCUCUAGGUAGAUAUUAAGGCCCAAUGGCCCUAGUACUCAGUGAUCAGGUGGUGUGGGCAGGGUUUACGGACCUUCUGAACUCACCUCUGGGCUUGUAAAAUGUGAGGGAGCCUCAUUCCACUGCUGUGCACAGCCCCCUUUGGUGGGAUGACUGUAACCAAAGAGAACAAAUCCCACAGAAGCCUGCCCAAGCCUCAGCAUUUGUCCCAUAAUAGCUCCCGCACCAUCCUGGGAAGCAGGAUUGGGACAGUUGGAUACUUAGUAAUUAUAGGCACCUGCUAGCAUUUGUAAGGGUUCAGACCUUUCCCCUCAGAGAAGCUGCUGGAUUGAGACUUACUCUUGUGAGGGUCACAACUGUGCCUCAGUUUCCCCAAUGAGAUAAUGUGUUUGGGUAGAGGAAACUAAAACUUGAUAAAGUCUGUCUUCACUUACUUUGUGCCUACCACCUCUCGGGCACCUCAGAGACUGGGGUCAGAGGGAGCACAGUGACAAGUGCAGCUGGGCCCAGGCACAUAUGAACUCUAGGAGGGAUUGUAUAGAGCAAAGUGGACGACACUCAGAAAGGACUAACUAUAUUAUGGCAUGUGCCUCAGUUUUCUUGGAGAUGAGGUCAGAAUAGAACCUCCCUCAGGUUUGUUUUGAAGAUAAAAGUACCUAGUAAGCCAGGCAGUGGUGGCCUACGCUUUUAAUCCCAGCACGCAGAAGGCAGAGGCAUGUGGAUGUCAGUGAGUACUAGGCCAGCCUGGUCUACAGAGUGAGUUCUAAGACAGCCAGGACUACAGAAAGAAACCCUGUCUCAAACAAUAACAAAAGGCACCUAGUAAAUUCCGUAGCAUUCUACAGGUGUACUAGAGUGCUUAUCUGUGUGAACCCCUGGUUCAGCUGAACCCCAGCACCACAUAAAAACCUAGGCAUGACUUGGCGGGAAAGAUGGCUCAGCAGUAAAGGGUGCUUCUUGCUCUUUCAGACGACCUGAGUUCAGUUCCCAGUACCCACAUUAAGUGAGCUCUGUGGGUACCUGCAUGCAUGUGCACGUAACCCCCCCCCCCCACAUACACACACAAGCAAAUAUAUACACAUAAUUACAAAAAUAAAUAAAAAUUGGGCAUGGGAGCUGGUAAGACAGCUCAGCCGGGGCAGGUACUCAUUACCAAGCUGGUAACUUGAAUUUGAUCCCUGAGACCCACGUGAUGGGAGGAACUAACUGCUGCAGGUUGGAUGCAUAAGCACUUACACUUACAAGCAUGCAUUCACACCUACAAGCAUGCAUUCACACCUACAAGCAUGCAUUUUCACUUAGAAGCAUGCACAUGCACACACAUCUUUUUAAAUGUGGGGGCUGGAGAGAUGGAGGACAGGAAUGUGACUCUGGCCCUUGUAGGCUGCUACACAGCUAAAUCUCAGGGUUGGGAAAAGGAGGGUUUCCUGCCCUUUUGCAGUAUUGAGGGAACCUUCCAGCCAGCCUCUUUGCUCUUGCACAGGGUGGCAAGCCUGUGUGAGAGUACGCAAUGUGGGCCUGCGUCUUUGCCAACUUCCUGAACUCAUACAGGACAGAGCACUGACUGCUCUCCCAGAGGUCCUGAGUUCAAUUCCCAGCAACCACAUGGUGGCUCACAACCAUCUGUAAUGAGAUCUGAUGCCCUCUUCUGGUGGACCUGAAGACAGCUACAGUGUAUUUAUAAACAAAAACAAAUAAAGAACUUUUUUUAAAAAAAGUAUUUGUUUCUCCUAUAGAGGAGAGCAGCCAGUGCUCUUAACCACUGAGCCAUCUCUCCAGGCCCCAAAAUAUUUUUUAAAGCCUGUAGAAAGGGCUUCGUAUGUGGUGCCUGCCUGCAAUCCUAAUACUUGGGAGAUAGGUAUGUCUGUGCGUUUGAAGCCAGCCUGGUCUACAUAUUGAGUUCUAGGCCAACCAGGGCUACAUAGUAGACCCUGCCUUAAAUUUAUAAUACUGAAAAAAAAAAGUGGCUAUGUUGAUGAACAAUUAUAAUUCCAGGAGGGAAGAUCAAAAGUUUAAGGUCAUCUUUGACUUCAUUGCAAGUUCGAAGCCAACAUUAUUAUUGAUGGUGGUUUCGUUAACACGUUAGCCCUAUUAUAUGAUCCUAAUAGAAGGGCAGAUUGCCAAGUUCGACCCAUCCGUAGGUCAAUUCUGUGAACUGCUUGGAGAUGGUUACUGUGAAGAGAACACAGGGCAGGUUUACCCAGGAAAAGGUAUAAGCAGGUAGCAAGAAGCAGGCAGUACCUGGAAGGCACAGGACUGAAGCUGGCGAAGGGACAGGAGCAGAGGCUGGGAAGGAGGCUGGGGCCUCAUCUUGGCAUUGUGAUGCCAUCUUGAAUGCUGGCUGUAUGAUCCUGCUCCAAGAAUGUACGCUUCUGAACCUCAGUGCCCUCUGUAAAGUGAGACCAGAAAAGAUACUUGUUUAAUGGAGUCGCUGAGGCAAACACAGGAGAGAAAACAAACCACAGACCCAGUCACAGAGAAACGAGGAAGACGGGGCUCUGCCAUUCGAGAGAAGCUUGAGUCCGAGCUUGUGUACAUGUGAGAGGGAGGAGGUGGGAGGAGUGUGUGUGUGUGUGUGUGUGUGCGCGCGCGCGCGCGCUUGCUUCUAUUUUCCAUCUGUUUAGGACAGAACUGGUCCAGAACACAGAGGCUGGGUUUUGGGCCAUGUCCAAAGGACAGGAAUGUGACUCUGGCCCUUGUAGGCUGCUACACAGCUAAAUCUCAGUUGGGAAAAGGAGGGUUUCCUGCCCUUUUGCAGUAUUGAGGGAACCUUCCAGCCAGCCUCCUUGCUCUUGCACAGGGUGGCAAGCCUGUGUGAGAGUACACAAUGUGGACCUGCGUCUUUGCCAACUUCCUGAACUCAUACAGGACAGAGGUGGCUGGUGUGACAGGAAUCCUGACAGACAGUGGAGCGUAGGGAAGCAGAGGCCUGCAGGGAGCCUGCCAAGGAGCAGAUGCUCUAGGUUUCCCUAGCCACUGUGGCCCCUGUAAGCCACAGCUCCCUCUGCCUCACUGUGCUAUCGAUGUGUGGACGGUAGGAAGGACCUUCAGAGCUAAUGGCAGCUAGGCUGUGCCUGGAUACGGAGCCCACUGUGCCCGUCCUGAUAUCUAUCCCCUCUGUUCCAGGUGCUGGAGAAUCAGGGAAGAGCACCAUCGUCAAGCAGAUGAAGAUCAUCCACGAGGAUGGCUACUCAGAGGAGGAGUGCCGGCAGUACCGUGCGGUUGUCUACAGCAACACCAUCCAGUCUAUCAUGGCCAUCGUCAAAGCCAUGGGCAACCUGCAGAUCGACUUUGCUGACCCCCAGCGUGCGGAUGAUGCCAGGCAGCUGUUCGCACUGUCCUGUGCUGCCGAGGAGCAAGGCAUGCUUCCGGAAGACCUGUCGGGCGUCAUCCGGAGGCUCUGGGCUGACCAUGGUGUGCAAGCCUGCUUUGGCCGCUCACGGGAAUAUCAACUCAAUGACUCAGCCGCUUACUACCUGAAUGACCUGGAGCGCAUAGCACAGAGUGACUAUAUCCCUACACAGCAGGAUGUGCUGCGGACCCGUGUGAAGACCACAGGCAUCGUCGAAACACACUUCACCUUCAAGGACUUACACUUCAAGAUGUUUGAUGUGGGUGGUCAGCGAUCUGAGCGGAAGAAGUGGAUCCACUGCUUUGAGGGUGUCACGGCCAUCAUCUUCUGUGUCGCCUUGAGCGCGUACGACUUGGUGCUGGCUGAGGAUGAGGAGAUGAAUCGCAUGCAUGAGAGCAUGAAGCUGUUUGAUAGCAUCUGCAAUAAUAAGUGGUUCACAGACACCUCCAUCAUCCUCUUCCUCAACAAGAAGGACCUGUUUGAAGAGAAGAUCACACAGAGCCCCCUGACCAUCUGUUUCCCUGAGUACACAGGGGCCAACAAGUAUGACGAGGCAGCCAGCUACAUCCAGAGCAAGUUUGAGGACCUGAAUAAACGCAAAGACACCAAGGAGAUCUACACGCACUUCACAUGCGCCACCGACACCAAGAACGUGCAGUUUGUGUUUGAUGCCGUCACUGACGUCAUCAUCAAGAACAACCUGAAGGACUGUGGCCUCUUCUGAGGGGCAGUGGGCCUGGCAGGAUGGUGAGUCAGGGGCCUGUCAAACAACAUAGUGAGACCGCAGAGUUCAGAGAGGGUGAGGGGCUGGGGACUUAGAGGAGACCCUUGGGGAGUACUCAGCCUGAGAGAAAAGGUGGGACAGGGCAGUCAGGGACCAGAGGACAAGGGAGGGGGGGAAAGGACAUGGCCAGAGCUAGAGGAGCGGUCAAUGUUCUUUGGAAGAAAUUGCCUCCUUGCCACCGUGGUGUACUAGCCUAGUCUAGACGCAGAAGGAGACCCAGCCACCCCACUGCUCACUGACCAGCUUUACACUUGUUCUUAGACGUCUGUGUCUCAGUCCUGAGAGUCCUAGGCCCAGACCAGCCCCACUGGCCCUGGUGUACAUUCAAUGACCGCAGUGACUGAUAGACAUCCUGUAACCCAGCAACAGAAGCUGGCCCCUGGGCACAGCUGUGUCCCUGGUAACUAGUAGGUGGGGGAGAAGGUCAUUGUUUAGAGAGGCAAGAAGAGGAGCCACAUGUAACCCAGGCUGUGUCUGUCCUCCACCUCCAGGGCCACCGCUGACUCUGCUCCCCACUACCUGUGAGGAAGAUGGGGGCAAGAAGACCAUGCUCCCUGCCUGUUCCCCCAGCUGCUUCUCCCCUGUCUCUUCUCUCUGUUCUCAGCUCCCCUGUCCCCUCCCUCGGCUCUAGACUUGGGGGAGGGGUUGCCACAGGCCUCCCUGUCUAAAACCCACCUUUGUCUGAGGUGCCGGGAGUGGCCAUGGUACCUCCUUACUGGGCAUCCAUUCGGGUUUUCUAACCAUUGUCUUGUUCUGGGGUGAGCGGGGAGCGCAUGCAGAGUUUCCCAAGGCCUAUGUCUGGAGGAGUACCAAUUCCUCCAGCCUAGACCCCUGGCUUUGUCCAACACCAGCCCUGACCCAAGUCCAAAUGUUUACAGGGAGCCUCCUGCCUACCCCACUCUCUGCCGCUUGGAGGCCCCAAAGGAAAAAGCACAAGAAGCGUGAGAGACACCACCAUUCCUGGAGACAAAGCCCACCUGCUCAUUCUCGUAGCUUUAAAAAAAAGGAAAAGGAAAGGAGAAAAAAAAAGGAAAACUGCAAAUCUAGAAAACUUUUUAGAGAAACCUAUUUAAAACUGUCAGGUCCUGACCAGCAUCCCUCCCCCCGCCCCCCAGCCCCUUUCCAGUGAUUCCGUGCCUUGAGUGUUUCUGCCUGUUUACACCCAUCCCUCUUUGGGCGGCCCCCUGCCCUGCCCUCCACGGAAUUGGAUUCCAAGGGCUGUUCCAGACAACUGCCAAUGUCACUGAGGGCCCUGCCCUGAAGCCCUGGGCCCAGGCUCCAUUAACCUAAAUGUAGCUCCUUAGCGCUAAUCUAGGAACCGCCGCUGCCUGCUGAGGGUCAGGCCCCUCACGCCCUCGCCCCAGGCCCGGGACCUCCAGCGUUGAACACUUCCUUGCUUUUUUCACAUGUUUUAUGGAAUUGUUCACAUGAUUUGAAAUAAUAAAAUGUAGAAAGAAAA